AUGAAAUCUCUCAUAGUUCUCAGAGUCUUGGCAUCGCUCGCUGGGCGACCUUCCAAUACCUUGCCGCAAAACCCAACUCGCCUCGCCCGCUGUUUCACAGCUCACCCGCAACACCAAGACAGUAGUGACAACGACGCCUUCGAUAGCAGCCACUACGCGAUUCCCGCCAUUGAUUCUGAUGCCUCUGCUACUUCUUCUUCUAAAACCCUCCUAGAACCCACCUGGGAUGUGAAGUACAGAGAGAAAGCCGAUAAAUUUAUAUUUGGGGAAGAAACCCAGAAAAGUAAGCUGAAGACAGCGCUUCACGAGGAGGAGGACGAUUUGAAGAGGAGAGUGCUGGCCAGAGCCUUGCUCGAGGCUGCACUUAAGGGAGAUGACGAAGAGGAGGAAUUGGUGAGGGAAGAAGACCAGAAGUCUCUUUCUGUCGGGAUUAUUGGUGCUCCUAAUGCUGGGAAAUCGUCCUUAACGAAUUACAUGGUGGGAACAAAGGUUUCUGCUGUGUCGCGAAAAACGAAUACCACUAUUCAUGAAGUACUGGGGGUAAUGACGGAAGGAGAUACCCAGAUCUGUUUCUUCGACACUCCUGGUCUCAUGCUAAAUAGUCGUGGGUAUGCUUACAAAGAUGUGAAGACACGGGUGGAAAAUGCUUGGAGCACAAUUGGGCUGUAUGAUGUCCUCAUAGUUAUUUUUGACGUUCACAGGCACCUGACCAGGCCCGAUUCGAGGGUGAUAAGGCUGAUUAAAAAGUUGGGAGAACAGGAAGAUGCAAAGCAGAAAAGGGUAUUAUGCAUGAAUAAGGUUGACCUAGUUGAAAAGAAGAAAGAGUUGGUACAGGUCAUAGAACAAUUCAAAGAUCUACCUGGCUACGACAGGCAGUUCCUGAUAUCCGGGCUAAAGGGUGUUGGAGUAAAAGAUCUUACACAGUAUUUGACGACACAGGCAAUUAAAAGACCCUGGGAUGAAGAUCCUCUUGAGUUGGGUGAAGAAGUGAUGAAGAACGUGUCAUUAGAAGUUGUCCGGGAAAGAUUAUUAGACCAUGUUCAUCAGGAAAUCCCAUAUAGUAUCGAACAUCGGUUGAUGGACUGGAAGGAACUGAGGGAUGGGUCACUCAGGAUAGAGCAGCACUUUAUCACAAACAAAUUAAGCCAGCGGAAGAUUCUCGUUGGCAAGGGUGGUUGCAAAAUAGGGAGAAUAGGUAUAGAAGCUAACGAAGAGCUGAAGUCAAUAUUCAAGAGAGAAGUGCACCUCAUCCUUAAGGUUAGGCUGAAAACUUGA